AUGGCCUCCGGUGCUCUUGGUGAUGGCUGGCUGAUCCGCAAUCAAAGGGGUGCUGCCAGAGGUCACAUUUGCUUGUAUGGCUUGGUGACUGCCCUCUUCGUUGCAUAUCGUCAUGCUGUUCCACGGAACGAGGAUGCUGAUCGGCAUCUUCAACUGGUCCUGUGGCUGUUGGGAGCAACGGAAGGUGGCGAGCAGCUUUUCGAUUUCAUGGAAUCCACAUCUUGGCCUGUCCGGAGUAUUGACGUGGAGUUGAAUUUGGAAAUGGCGAAGUCAGAGCAGCCUCGCUUCGUGCGGUUCUCGCGGCUGCGUUUGCUAAGCACGGGCAGCUCCCCCAAGGCCUUGCCCUUGCCCGAACGUGGGCUUGGGGCUUUGUGUUCCUUGGCACUCCCCGACCUGGCGGUGUUCGGGAUUCACGGAGCCACUUCCUUGGAGCCAGCUUCUGCAGUUCUUGCUGCGCAGAAGGCGGCGAAGAAUUCGGGAUGCACGUCUUCUUCACCAAAGGUGAGAUUCUACGGUCAUCCCUGUCCCAGCUAUGCCAAGACGCAGUACCUGUGCGAGUGGCCGAAAGUGCUGCCAUUCGCUGAGGUGCGGCAUGAUGCGGAUCCCGUUGCAGAGCUUCUACAAACUCUGAUCGACUUUGCUGACGAGCAUGUGGAACAGGAAUGGAGCUUGCACGACAGCUUGACACUGCUUUUCCGGUUCGUGCAGGCCGAUGCCGCUGCACGGCGGUCAUUUUGGAUAUGCAGUGGUCCAGCAGUUCUCUGUGCAAUGUUGCAUAUCGUUGAACCCACCCACAGUCUCUUGGUUUGGCACUGCCGACACCUUCUUGACGGAUUGGGUGCUCAGACAAAUGGCACUUCCACUGCUCUACUGGGGCUCUUGCGGACCAUGGCAUCUCCAAUGAGGCCACCUUGCUAUUUUCUGUCGUGUGAGGCCUUUGCUGCCAAGCAGGUGGCUUGGCAACUCGCUAUGCCUGAGCCGCAGGUCCAGAAGCGCUUGGCGCUCUAUGUGGAGCAGUACAAGUGGGAAGGGCUGCAAGGGAGGCCGACAGAUGUGUUGGUCUUACGGUCCAUGUUGUGGUCACGAGUGCCUGGAAUGUACUUCCGCGCUGUUCUACAGGCUUUCCUUCGAGAGAAUUCGAAAGUCGUCGCCCUGAACUUUCGUUUUGCGAACGAUGUCGGCUUCGUGCCCUACUCCGACAUUGCUCUUCACCGUUGUGGUGUGCUAGUCCCCAACGACUUAACGAUGGCUGCAUUCUCAGAGGCCUUUGCAAUGGGCCUUCCUCUCUUUCUUCCUUCGGACGAGUGGCUGUACAGGCUGCAGAAAUCGGUGCCAUAUGGCUUUAUGGUCCAUGGAACUUCUUCAUUGUUCGGUGCAUCUGAGCACGAUGGGUUGCAAAGCAGUUCGCUGCCGCCGGCUUGGCACGAAAAGUCACAAUCCGUAUUGGCGGUAAUGAGCUGGCUCAGGUUGUCGGACUUUUCUACAUGGCCCUCAACGCUCCGCUUCAGCUCCAUACCAGAUCUUCUUGAAGGCCUGGUGACGACAGAUUUCCCAUCUGUCAGUCACAGGAUGCUUCGGUGGACCUCCGCAAAGAAGGAUGAGACCUUGCGUCGAUGGGCCGGGCUGCUGAGAGGCAUGCAGGAUGGCUCUGCUUGGUCGGACUCCGAGCCAAGGAUCCAGCGCGGGGCAAUGCAACCCGAGGAGGUGAUGGAUUCCAGCAGGGACGAUAUGCUCUACGCAGCAUUGGCGUGCGAGCAUGAGACAUUUGACAAGUUCGGCUGGCCAAGUUUCCGAGCACUUCUCGAGAGUGAUGCAGUGACAGGUUUUGCAACGAAGAAAAGCGCUGUCUUCACUGAGCUUGCCAUUUCUACGUUGCAAAAAGCCGUGGAGGACAACAAUCCGGGCUCUUUACACGCAGUGGGCACGAUUACCAUCCCGUUGAAACUCUUCCUGGCGAACCUCUCCAGUGGCAAGGCUGACAUUCGAGGCUUGAAAGGACAUUGUCAUUUGGGCAUGGCAUCUGCACUGCUGUUGCAGGCACAUCAGGAGCUGCUGAACAAUGACGUGGCCGCCAAGGUAGCCUGGCUGGUGGGUCUUGCAAAUCAGUUGCUGGCCCCCCUCGCAGAGGCUAACGUGAGCUUUCCAGUUGGAGUUUGGCCGGUGGAGGAGCUGAGUGCAAGGGUCAGCGGGCUGAUGGAGCAUGCCAACCAACAAAAUUCUUUGGCUUCCAGUAGCGCAGACACCUGGCAAGUUUGCAAGCGGCCUGGCCUUUCAGUACCUAUUCGGAUCGGUGCUGCCUGCUUGUCUGCUGCUCAAGCUCGGAAGGUAUGUGACUGA